GGAGUCUUUAUGUUACCGGAAUAGUGUGCGAUCUUGGGCUUCAAGACAAGACAAUCAAGAUUUGUUGGAGUAAGGAACGGGUAGAGGAACGGGAACUAUUGGAACUGUUGUGUCGAUGUAGUUACAUCUCUAACAAGCAGAGAGGUAGACAGACUCUACACUCGACGCAUGCUAUUUGGCGAUAUAGGUACUUACAGUGAUAAUUUUGUGUGCGGCGUCGAAAACAUUUCGAAUUGACGUGUUGUGAGUUGUGAUGUGAAUUUAAAGCUUAUUGAAGUGUUUUCAAUAUGAUAUGUACGACUUUAAAGGAUUCUAAAUCGAGUAAUGCAUGCUUACAAUAGUGAUGUGAAUUUAAUCGAGUGUAUGUGUCUGGGUAAUGCGAUGAACAGCAUCUUUUAUCAUGUAGAAGCAGCGUGUUUCACCAAAUAAAACAAUUCCAACCGAACGGUACAUUACUUCAAUGUAUGUAGGUUACAUUAGUUAAAUAAGUUUUAGAAAAAUGUAUGCGAAAGGCAAGGGAUCUUCUGUGCCGUCCGAUGCACAAGCGAGAGAAAAAUUGGCACUGUACGUUUACGAGUAUUUACUUCAUGUUGGUGCACAGAAAGCUGCACAGACAUUUUUGUCUGAGAUACGAUGGGAGAAAAAUAUAACAUUAGGAGAACCUCCAGGAUUUUUACAUUCGUGGUGGUGUGUUUUUUGGGAUUUAUAUUGUGCCGCUCCUGAAAGGAGGGACACUUGUGAGCAUUCUUCAGAAGCAAAAGCUUUUCAUGAUUACGGUUUCGUGAAUUCUGGUUAUGGAGUCAAUGGAAUUGCCCAUAACACUGGCCCAGCACCAAGCCCCUUAGGACAAAUGCCACCCUCAGAUGGGAUGCCUAGUGGUCCGUUACCUCCUGGAUUCUUUCCAAAUUCUACAUUACGUCCGUCACCGCCUACCCACCCAUCAAGUCAGCCUUCACCACAUUCGCAACCACCACCACCACAUUCACAGAUAAUGACCUCACAACCCUUCAUGGGACCCCGAUAUCCAGCUGGACCGAGGCCGGGGGUGAGAAUGCCCCAGAUUGGAAGUGAUUUUAACGGGCCUCCUGGACAACCCCUAAUGAAUAAUAUGGACCCCACUAGACAAGGUGAAGGCGGAGAAUAUGUAGGUUGGCAAGGACCGCCUGCAGCAAUGAACAGAAUGAACCCACCGAGGGGGCCUUCUAUGGGCCCUUUGGGGCCAGGGAACUAUGGCCCGGGAUUGCGUGGACCACCGCCCAAUAGUAGCCUAGGUCCAGGAGGGCCCAUGCCGCCGAUGACCAUGACAGGCCCAGGAGGGCGACCCCAGUGGCAGCCCAAUGCAUCAACUCUACCAGGCGAGGCACUCAACUUGGCAGCAAAAGGGCCCAUGAACUACUCCUCUUCAUCACCGGGUAAUUAUGGCGGUCCUCCAGGCUCGGCCGGUCCCGCAGGCCCAGGAACGCCCAUAAUGCCCAGUCCACAAGAUUCCAGUAAUUCCGGCGGAGAAAACAUGUACACAUUAAUGAAACCAGCAGUGGGAGGAAGUAUGCCCGGUGAUUUCCAGAUGGGAGGAGGACCAGACGGGUCGGGCCCCAUGGGACCCAUGGGACCCAACUCGAUGGGGCCAGUAUUAAACGGUGAUGGUAUGGAUGGUAUGAAAAAUUCACCUGCUAAUGGAGGACCGGGAACGCCGAGAGAAGACAGUGGUAGUGGCAUGGGAGAAUACAACAUAGGAUUCGGAGGACCUGGGGAAAAUGACCAAACGGAAUCAGCUGCUAUUUUGAAAAUAAAAGAGAGCAUGCAAGAGGAGGCCAAGAGGUUUGAGAAAGACUCGGACCACCCUGAGUAUUUUAUGCAAUAACUCACUUGCCUCGCCUCUUUGGCUGGUGGACGCCUGUUUUUUCUACUUAACCUGUACUAACACGGGCGGUGGUGUGCUCAAUACUCAGCUCUUCAAUACGCCAGGCCACCGACUUCACUAGUCAUGAGUGUUCUGUUCUGUUUGCAGAUAUUCCUAUGAGGCUGAGCUGAGAUAGAGCAAACCGGCCCUUCCCUGGACUGAACCGUCAUUUGAAUACAUGUGCGUCUCAUGGUUAUGGUUCCUCUACUUUCCACCACCACUUUUGUACACCAUAGUCACUACAAGACAUGAAACAUACUCGAAUGUCCACCAGCCUAGGCAAGGUUGGAUAUAGUCAUUAGGGAUGCACCGAAUAUUCGGUUUGAUGCCCCAUUUCCAUUCAUUUCGGACUUAGGAACUGUCGUACAAACACCUUUUGCAACCAGUGUUUAAUCAAUAUUGUUAAUCGAAUCACAAUGGGCUUGUUAAUUUCAAGGUACUAUUAUAUACUAUUCCUUUACGAUACGUUAAUUGUUGAAUUAGGCAUAACGUUCAAUUUGGCAAUUGUGCCCUACCACCAAACUAAUCCGGUGUCACUCCAAAUACUUCUAAUUCAACAAUUAAAGUUCUGUAACACAAUAAAGUAGUUACUAAAUAUUAUUAUUUAGUACUUUCAAUCAAAAUCAUACAACUAUAUUUAUUUUAAUAUUGUUUAAAUUUAUUUUUGUAACAAACAUUUGUAAUAUCUAUUUCUUGUUUUCAGUUUCCAAAGUAGUGUUAAUUUUAUUCUGCUCAAGGUUGAUACGUAAUCCAGAAAUCCUUCAGUAAUAAUAGAAUUUUUAAUAUUGCUAAGCACUUUGUGACUCAAAUCAACACUUUUUAAACCUCACUACUGGGAUACAAUUUUGGACAAACUCAAUAGUAUUAUACAAAGACUUCAAUUACUACACUUGAGUGCAAAACAAUCGGCUCAAAAGCGAUAUUUGAGAUUACACCUUCUAUUUUAAUGUAAGAAGUAUGGAAAUAUCAAGAUGUAAUGUGCAAACAGUAACUUUAUUAUUGAACUUAGAAAAACUGCUAUUUCACUAUUUCAUUAUUUGGAAGACGCAUUAUAAAAACAAUAUGUAAUACGAACAGAGUUUCUCAAAUAUUCAUCAUUGGAACUAUCCCAAGAAAGACGUAAUGAACAGAGAAAUCAUCAAUUACAAAAUGAUUUUUUUUGUUUUUCAGUAUCUGAUAUUACCACCCCUAUUCCUAGUUACACUUUCCCAUCGAUUGCGCAUGGAGCGGAUGACUUUUCUAAUAAAUUCUUGAGGCAUUGCUUCCCAUUUAUCAUUAAGCGCAGCUCUCAAUUCCAUUAUGCUCCUUAGUGGAUGAUUUAGGCUCCGGACCCUUCGUUUAAGCUCAUCCCAAACAUGCUCUAUGUAUAGAAAUAGCAAGGGCAAAAUUUGUAAAAAUGAAACAUCUAUUGUGUAGUAGAGACCUAAGAAUGGAUCUAAGGAUAAGGUUAUUGCGCUGCUACAUUUUUACAACUUUGCUCUACGGAUCUGAGGCAUGGACAUUGAAACAACUGGAGAUUAAGAAAUUGGAAGCUUUUGAGCGUUGGUGUUAUCGAAGGAUGCUACGAAUAGCAUGGGUAGACAAAAUUACCAAUAUUGAAGUCCUUGAUAGGGUUAAUAAGAGGGAAGAAAUUGUACAGACAAUUAAGAGGCGGAAACUUGAAUAUUUCGGUCAUAUAUUAAGAGGUCCUCGUUAUGGGCUACUACGUUUGAUUAUAGAGGGCAAAAUAAAAGGUAAAAGAGAUGUAGGAAGAAGACAAACCUCCUGGCUACGAAAUCUAAGGGAAUGGUUUAGUCUGAGCUCUAGCCAACUAUUUAGAGCUGUUGUAAGUAAAAUAAGAAUUGCCAUGUUGAUAUCCAACCUUCGUUAGAAGAUGGAACCUUAAGAAGAAGAAGAAACAUGCUCUAUUGGAUUUAUGUCCGGGCUCAACGCAGGCCAAUUUAUCGUAGGUAUACCGAUCUCAGUCAGAUAGGUGGUGGUGACUCGUGCGGUAUGACAUCGUGCUUUAUCAUGCAAUAAAAUAAAGGCAUUACCAAUAAAUCCCGCGUAUGGAACCACAUCUUCUUCUUCUUCUUUUUUUAUAAGCAAAAUGCUUGUUCAAUGUCGAUUAAUGCCUCUAUUGGAGGUUAUCACUCCAUCUUUUGCGUGGUCGCCCGAUACUUCUUCUACCUCUUGGUGAUUUGUCCCUCGCUAUUCUGACUAAUCGGGUCUCUUCCAUUCUGUUUAUGUGUUCGUUCCAUUCCUUUUUUCUGUUCAGUGUCCACUCAUUUAUUUCUGGUAUAUUGCAUUUUCUUCUGAUCUCUUCACUCCUCAUUCGAUCCCUCAGUGUGUUUCCUGUAAUUCUCCUCAGUAAACGCAUCUCCGCUGUUUCUAGUAGUUGCUGAGUUUUGGAGGUAUCCGGUCUUGUCCUUGAACCACAUGUUCCUCCAAAAUAUCUCUGAUAUCUUGCCUGAUCUGCCUACAUGGCAACUUGUCGUUGCCAUGUAGGCAGAUCCUACUUUCGUCGGAGAAUAAUACCUGACUCCAUUGAUAGUCGUCCCAAUCCAGAUGUUCGCGAGCAAAUUCUAGUCGUUUUUGCUUCUGGGCUGCAAUUAGCUUGGGACCAGAAACCCCUUUUUGGUGUCCUGUUGGCUGCUUACAGUCUCCUUCUGACUGUCCAAACGCUGGUAACCACACCUCGGACCUCUCUAAGCUCUUCUUUGAGAUUAGCACCAGUCAAAUGUCGAUUUCUCAGAGAUUUAGAUACAAGAAAUCGAUCAUCUCUCUCUGUUGUUAUUCUUAUACGACGUCCUCCUUGUCAGCGGACAUAAUCACCAGUAUCUUGGUACCGACGAUAUACUAGGGACACAGCAGAUUGACUUAAAUUUAGUCGAUUUGCCACGGCUCUCUGGCUCAGGUCUUCUCUCAAUAAUGCUACUGCUAGAGCUGCUUUGACGGAUGUGGUAUCCAUUUUUUAUGAAGUUGCGAACUUAUUGACUGAUGUAUUAGUGGGUUGCUAUGGAAAUUGAUGCUUACGAUGUUAACCAAAAGUGGGUGCGUUUCGAUUUAAAUGGGUUAAAUUAUGACCCCCUCUCUACUUGUUGCAUUAUUUAUUUGUAAUGCGUCACCCGAUUUACCAAAAAUCAAAACUUUUUUCAAACUCAAUAAUGAGGUUAAUAAUUGUACACUAAAUAUUUUUAAAUUUACACCUUUUUUGAUUAAAACAGGAGACGUACUUUCGCAAAAUAAUUUUGAGUUGAUUUUUUGCACUCAAAGUGUAGUUUCCUAAAAAUGUUUUUCUUGCUUUUUAUUAAACUCGAGAAUAGACCAAAAAAGUAAAAUUAUGAAGGUAAAACGAGAAACUAAAUCAAUAAAAAUGACUUUCUCAAAUGUUUAAACAAUUUGAAUAUUAUGAGAAAAGGCAGCAAAUAUUUGAUUUCACGCAAACAAAUCCUAUGUAUCUCUUGAUACGUAUUUCGACCUAAUAGGUCUCGUCAGAAGAGCUAUUCAUAGGGGUUCUCAACGUGAAAAAUCAAUAUUUUCUGCCUUUUAAGAAGCAACAAUAACAUGGCUUCAAUACGGACGCACUAGCGACAUCUAAUUAAACAAAACUAUUUUACGAUAAUUUGAAUAUUGUUUUCAAACCAUUGAGUAUCUUAGAUAGAAUCUUUGGACCGAGGAGUAGAUCGAUUUUUUUUAUAUUGAUAUGUGCAUAUUAAUAUUCAGUAUAAAAAUAAUUUUCUGAGCCCAUUGUGAUAUAAAUAAAUGUAUUUUGUAUUUGAUAUUAUGAUAGUCCUAAUCCUGAUCUUUAUAAAGCCAGUUAUUUUAUAGAUACCCAUGUCCAACCGAAUAUUUGGUUAGUUUGGGUAGUAAAGAGGAAAACAGUUUUUAUAACAACUUAGAUUUAUUGUCUCUAAUUAUCCAUAACCGAAAUCAUUUGUAGAUGCUUAAAUUCGGAACUAUCUCUUUGUAAAGAUUUUUUUAAUUUUUGAUAUUGACUGUAACAUUUUUUUGUCUCUUCAGUUUUGUUAUAUCGUUUACUAGCAUUGUUGACUUACUAUGGAGAUUGUUUCGCAUUUUUAUUACAUUAUAAAUGAUUUUCAAAAUUUUGAUUUUAAAGAAAAAUUCUGGUCAUAAUUGUAACCAUAGAUUUGUACGUCAAAAACUAUUUUGUUAUAAUAUCCAUGGCUCAUUUCUGUGUCUGUACACAAAAUGAAUUUCAUUGUCAAUCAGUCCUUUUUACUGGCCAGAAUGUUUUGUCCAACUGGUAUGUUGUGAUUUAAUUAAGCAUCCUAAACAAAUCAAACCUAAAACCUAAAACUGAGCAAUCUGUAGUAAAUUAGUACGGAAAUUGUAUUUAAUAUAAACAGUAUGCCAACUGGUAAUAAGAUACUGCAAUAGAUUAUAUUUGCCAAAAUAAUAAGGACAUCAAGAUAAGAGUUAUCAUCAUCUUGGAUUUCACAAGAUCUCAAAAAUUGUCGGGACAAAAUUUUCUGCGACAUUAUUCUUUUACAAAAAAAUGAAAAAAAUAUCAAUUGUUCCCAUUAAUUGGCCACUGACGGUUCAACUUUUAGAUAUGAAGCCAAAGAAGUUAUUUUGAAAGCGGCUUAUGUUCAGGAAUUCAAAACAAAUGCGUUUAGUCGGCCAGUAGUGCCGCAAGGAACAUUUUAAACGCCUUACGCAUACACUCGUACAGUUCUUACAAUGUAUGUUAGUUCUUUUUACAAUGAAAAUAGCAACUCAACCUUUAGCCAUUCAUUUCCAGUUAAUGGAAUAUAUUGACCAUUGUGUGAAAAAUCUAUACAUAGUUAAAUAUAUGUCGACGAUACAGUCAUAAUGGCAGACUUAUAUGACUUUUUUGCUAUGUAUAAAGAAAGAAAUAGUUUCAAAAAGAAAGAUAUUAUUAUUGACAAAACUCACAAUUUUAGAUCAAAUAUACAUGAAAAUAAUGGACGACUUAUUUACUAUCUGAGAUGUAGAAGAUUUUCCAACAGAUAUAGCAAUUCUUUGAUAAAAAUCUGAAAGAUUCUAAAAGAAAUCUGAACACUAUAGACAUUUCAUAAUUUUCCCAUCUGAAAUCUACACAAAUGUUGCAGUAUCGUUAAUUUUUUAGAUAAUAUAUUUUAUUUUAACAAAAGUUAAUUAAAUAAUUUAUUAUACUAUUUUACUUUAAUGUGAAUUUUUUAUACUACUUGGUACUAUUAAUAAAAAAAGGUUUCAGUAUUAGUUUUUGGGAUUCUUGACAAUAUCAGCAAAAUUGUAGGUAAACUGAUGAUGAACUAGUAUCUAAAUUCCCAUAAGGCCCUCAUUUCAUCAAAAUGCAACACAAAACUUAUAUUUUAAUCGCAAAAUUAACUUUGUUUAUUCUGUAAGAUAAUAUUAAUCACUUUUGCUAUUAACAAAAAUUCAUUUAUUGUAAACAUCAAUCACAACUUAAUUAAUUGUGAAAUAUUAUUUCCCAAAUCAGAGAAUUUUUAUAUUCUACAUUCUGACGUUUCAGUAAUUAUUGCUGAAACAAAUCAUUGAAAGGAUUUUUUAAAUAAAAAACCUUGAGUUAUUCGCAAUUUAGGACAAAAGAAAAAAAGCAAACAAUAAGUAGCCUUCCUGACUGUUUAUAGUCGGGAGACUAUCUGUUUUGAAUCAGAAAUGCCACAGGGAUGUGUCAGAGGACCCAUCAUGUUGUGCCAUUAAUGGCCGUAUUGCUACGAGGGAAGAAAUGGGAGAUGAGAAGAAAGAUAUUUUAUGAUUAUUUUGAACAAAAUGAAUGAAAUUCGAAACAAAAAAUGGAAAAUGGAUGUGGCAAAAUAACGAAAUGGAAGAUCACACAAAGUGACAGUAAAUUCAUGGCACAUUCAAGUUUACUAAUAGGAAUCAGAUGAACAAACUCUCCACUAAAUAUAAAUGGUACCUGAAUACUUCAAAAAUUAAUUCUGGAAGAAAAUUAAAACAGUUAAUGUAUAAAAACUGUGGAAAUUAAGUUGUCAUUGUUGAAUUAAAAGUUUGUUUUUUAGCAGAAAUGGUAAUAGCAUAAGUGAUUUGACGGUGAAUACCGUUCGUUAUUCGGUUGGUAAGAUUUGAUCAAAUUUGUACAAAAUACUGUUCGGUACAUCUCUAAUAUUGAACGAGUUUUGUGUCGUAAUGUACUGCUUGCAUGUCUCUACAUUCCUUCUUGGGGCAGAUUAGUAUUAUACAGCCAAACAUGUAACUUUUUAAAGGUGGAUUGAUGGGACUACCUCUAAUCUACCCCAUCUCAUGUUGACAACGAUGUCCAUGCAAUAAGUGCAAACAGGAGUUCACAAUCCUCUUUCUCUCCUGUAAUAUAAUGAAAGAACUCCGCAGACUACCCAAAAAGUUAUGGUACAAUUAAUAAUUUUAUAAUUGAAAGUGUACACACGAUUUUUACUUAUAAACUCUUAAAUAUGAGAUAAAAUUGUGGUAAUACAGAGCUGAAAAUAAUAAAAUUGUCGCUAAAUUUUGUUUUAUACCAUAAACUUUGUAGAUGCGGGACUCUUAAACUUUUUAUUUUCUCGACCAUCAGUUUAGUUCCCCCAUUUUUAUUUCUGAAUUAUUUUACUUUGCAAUCUUGGUCACUAGUAAGUAUAAGCAAAUCUCUAUUUAUGAACUUUUCUUUUUAAAAUAUAUACUUAAAUCAGUUGUUAGGAUAUUCAUUUUAUGGAUGUGUGUAUGAAUGUGCUGAUUGAAUUGUGAUAUGAAAAAUUUUGUGCAAAUGUACGGGAUCCAAUUACUAUUGUUUUCUUUUUUGUAUGGAUAAUAAAAUUCAAAGUUUC